CACCGGUCCGACCAGUGAAGCGGGUGGGGAGACUGAGACACACGUUAAUGUGUGGAACUUCCCAGCUCACUCUGUUUCAUUGGAUCUGGGAGGGUUUGAUCGCGAAUCCUCGUGAUCAGAGUGAUUCAGAGAGGGAUCGAUCACUGCAGUGACCUUCAGUGAAACUACACCUUUUCCGAGAACGGGACGGAACGAGGACUGGAACACUGAGUUCGAAGCCAAUACCACAGAACAACGACAGUUUUUACAUAACCCAGCUGUCUGAACGGAGAAGUAUUGAAAGGCAAAAUCGAAAUAACAGGAGAUAACCUACACAAAGACAAAGAGGAAACUCAAGCUCACAACCACUCUCUCUGUUUGGUUUUGGGAUUACUGAAUUGUCACACAGGCCACGCUGUGAGAAACAGCCAUCAAGAACAGAAGGAGCAACUCCAGAUCGAUGGUGCUGAAGAAAAGGAAGGUGGAGAACAAGUUCCGGUUCAGCGUCGCAGGCACAGCCAUCCCAACCAUCACAGAAAAGUCAGUCAAGAGCUUAGGCAAAGUUUUUGACAGCUCUUUAAGGGACACAACAUCCAUUCAGGCAACCUGCACCGAGUUGGAUGGCUGGCUGAAAUCUGUGGACAAGUCUGGCCUACCUGGGAAGUUUGAACCCUGGGUGUAUCAGCAUGAUAUUCUUCCCAGAAUCCUGUGGCCCCUCCUCGUCUAUGCAGUUCCGAUCUCGACAGUCGAAACCUUAGAGAGGAGGGUUAGCAACCACCUCAGGAGAUGGCUGGGGCUGCCAAAGAGCCUGAGCAGCAUCGCACUCUAUGGACACCACAACAAACUGCAACUGCCCUUCAAAUCCUUGGAGGAAGAAUUCAAGGUAACAAGAGCCAGAGAAGUGCUACAGUAAAGGGACUCAAGUGAUCCGAAGGUGGCUAGAGCAGGGAUCCAAGUAAGUACUGGCAGGAAGUGGAGGGCAGAGGAAGCUGUUCAGGAGGCAGAGGCGAGGCUGCGUCACAGGAGGCUGGUGGGAGUGGUCACACGAGGCUGAGCUGGGCUAGGAUCCUUUCCAACUCCCCAAAUGGACAUCAGAGGGAAGGAAAGGCGUCGUCUAGUUCAGGAGGAGGUGAGAGCAGUAGUGGAGGAGAUGAGAACCUGCAAGGCGGUGGGAAUGAAGCAACAGGGAGCUUGGACAAGAUGGGAGAAUGCGGUUGAGAGGAAAGUGACCUGGGCUGAUCUUUGGAAAGCCGAAUCACACCGCAUCCAAUUUCUCAUCCAGGCAGUGUACGAUGUGCUUCCAAGCCCAUCAAACCUGCACACAUGGGACAAAGCAGAGUCAUCUGCGUGCCCGCUGUGCUCCAAGCGAGGAACCCUGGAGCACAUCCUCAGCAGCUGUGCAAGGGCACUUGGUGAGGGAAGGUACAGGUGGAGGCAUGAUCAGGUCCUGAAGACCAUCGCUGAAGCCGUCAGUGCAGGAGUUGAGUGGGCGAAGCGGUCCCGACCCUCCAAGCAGACCAUUGCCUUUGUCAGAGCUGGGGAGCAGCCAACACCUGCCAAAAGAACAUCUGCAGGCAUUCUGACCUCUGCAAGGGCCUGGCAGCUGUUGGUGGACCUCGAAGGGCAGCUGAAGUUCCCCAACCAUAUCGCAGCCACCACCCUGCGACCAGACAUUGUCCUAGUGUCUGAGUCUACUAAGCAAGUGCAAGUGGUGCUGGAGAUGACAGUCCCAUGGGAAGAUAGCUUGGAAGAGGACUUUGAAAGGAAGCUCUCCAAGUACGCAGGACUGGUCAGCAACUGUCAGCAGGCUGGAUGGAGAGCGAGGUGUCUCCCAGUGCAGGUUGGUUGUAGGGGAUUCGUAGCCCGUUCUUCAGUUAGAGCCUUCAGGAUUUUGGGCAUCGAGGGAGAGAGGAAGAGGAGAGCCAUCCGCAGUACCACCGAUGUGGCAGAGAGGGCCUCAAGAUGGCUGUGGCUCAAAAGAGGGGAGCCAUGGAGUCAUAAGUAGCUAGCCACCUGGACACAAGCUGGGGUCUGAUCAGCCCCGGCUGGGUCACCUGGAGGAGGUUGUAUGAUGUUGAAAGACCCGAAACACCCGAUGAUUCCAGGAACAUCACUGAAGAUGUGUCCAGAAGCAUCAAUAGAUGUAUGUACACAGCAUUCUUCAGAGCAAAACGGCUGCUCAACAUCAGGAAAGUGUGUUGCACCCAUUGUUGGUUAUUACCGAUUUUCAUGAUUUUAAUGACAAUGAGGUAAACUGGCGCAGUAUUCGCAGAUGACACCAAGACUGGGGGCGUGGGGUACAGUGAGGAAGGCUAUCAAAACUUGCAGCAUCAUCUUGAGCAUCUAAGAAAAUGGGCUGAAAAAACUGGCAGAUAAACUUUAAUGCAGACAAGUGUGAGGUGUUAACACAAAAUAGUCUGCAGAUGCUGGGGUCAAGCAACACUCACAACGCGCUGGAGGAACUCCGCAGGUCAGGCAGCAUCCGUGGAAAAGAUCGGUCGACGUUUCAGGCCAGAACCCUUCAUCAGGACUGAAGA